CUGAUUACACCGCAGCACCUAUCUAUGAAGCCUGGGCGUGAAAGAUGGCGGGCGCUCUGUCAAUAGAUGGAUUCAAUUACAGUCGCCAAGGGCGGCGUCCAUAUGGUAGACACGAAGUGUCCAAGGGAUCACAUCGUGGCGUAAGACGGAAGCUAUGCACUGCUUGUACGUCGACUAUGCCGAUUUGGGAAACGGGUGGUGUUGGGUUCUAGAGACUAUCGGGGAGGUUAUCGGUCAU